AAUAACUGCGGGGAGUUGUCGGGCAAAAUGAAAACAAAGUGGUAGUUUGCACUAGUUAUUAGUAUAAAUGGGUCCUCACCACAUACCCACGAACUACAAAGCUUCAACUUUUAUUACUACUGCUGACAAUUAGAGCAAGCCAUAGAGAAAAAUAGAACUGUUGGACGAGAGCUUCCCCACACUCAGGUCCCCAGCUGGAGAUGGCAGAGUUGAAGACUGCUCCGACGGAGAAGCCAGCCGCUCCGGUGUCCGACCAGGUUCCACAUGCUGCAGAAAAGAAACCUUCAGGAGGAUCGCUCGACCGGGACAUUGCACUUGCAGAAGUAGAGAAAGAUAAGAACUUAUCCUUCAUCAGGGCCUGGGAAGACAGCGAGAAAACUAGAGCCGAGAACAAGGCUCAGAAAAAGCUGUCCGAGGUUUCUUCCUGGGAGAACAGCAAGAAGGCAGCUCUCGAAGCUAAGUUAAGAAAAAUUGAGGAACAAUUGGAGAAGAAAAAGGCGGAAUAUGGAGAGAAAACGAAGAACAAGAUUGGCUUGAUUCACAAGGAAGCAGAUGAGAAACGGGCAAUGGUCGAAGCCAGACGUAGGGAAGAAAUUCUCAAGGCAGAUGAAAUGGCUGCAAAGUACCGUGCAACCGGGACGACUCCAAAGAAACUUCUUCUUGGCUGCUUCUAGUUCUAAAAUUGAACCUCAGGCGGGCCGAGGACAGAGUGGUCAAAUAAUCUUGCCAAUAUUAUCUUGCUUGGUUUUCAUGUAAAAAUUGGUUCCAAAUAUCACGGAAAAGUUCAUCUCCUCUGUAAGACUUUUGUAUGAGACACAGACAAAAAAGUUGAAUGGGGUAUAUAUUAAAUCGUGUAAUAAUAU